AUGCUACUCUUGUUGUUCGCCGUGGCUUGCGGGGCAACGGCAACGGCCACACCGGUACCUCCCACUGCAACCACUGCGCCGGUGGCGGACACCGCGGCUCCUGCCGCUACCGAGGCACCGUCGGCCCAACCCCGAGCGACGACCGCUGCCGCAGCACCCACCGCAGUGCCCACAGCUGCUCCCGCGGUGGCCGCGCCUGUUCCGGACUGGGUGAGCAUCGGACAAGGGAAGCACUACAACGGCGUCAUACCCAUAGCGACGUGUUCCAAGCCGGGGUUCUGGGAUGUCCAUUACGGUGGUAGUUCGUGCAGCACCCUCAGACCGUCCCACCCUCGGUUUAACCAGCUGUUGGAGUGGAAUCCAGUCCAGACCGAUGAGAUACAAGGCGACCUGGCGGAAAGCUGGGAGAUCAGCGACGACGGCAAGCUCUACACCUUCCGCCUCCACGACGCCCAGUGGAGCGAUGGCAAGCCCGUCACUGCCGCGGAUGUUGUGUUUACCCUGGACCGGAUAGUGGAGCCGGGAGCGAUCAGGGCCCGAACGGCGGCGCUCCGGAGGUUCUACGAGUCGGGAACUGCCGAAGCCAUUGACGCGAAGACGGUGAGGGUGCCCACCAAAAUUCGCGCGGUGACUUUCAUGCUGAAUAUGGCUUCGGACUACAUGGUAAUGUACCCCAAGCACAUCGUAGAGGGGCAGUCACAGGAUGAUCUGAAUUGCUGCCCGAAGAACCUGAUCGGGUCAGGCCCCUGGAUAUUCAAGGACCAGAUCCUCGGAGAGUCCUACGAAUACGAGAAAAACCCCAACUACUUCAAGGAGGGCCGUCCCUUCUUCGAUGGCUUCCAGGCCUUCUUCAUCAAGGAUAAGGCCAGGCUCAUGUCGGCCUUCAAGGUCGGACAGCUCUCGAUGAGCUACGCAUUCUUCAGUCCUAGCGUUCAACCCAAGGACCUGGAGAUCCUGGAACAGGAUACACAAGGCAGGAUAAAGAAGUGGGUAAUACUGGAUUCAUCGCGCGAAUUAUAUAUGAACGUGAACGAGCCGCCCUUCGACAACCCCAAGCUAAGAGAUGGCACCCAUCCCCUGAGUCUUGGGGGCACUGGCUACCCGGUACGGGACCCCUCGGAGACUCUUACCCAGUUCUUCCAGCUGCCCUCGCUCCGGAACUCUUAUGACUGGAGCCAUCCCAGGAUUGAUGAACUGAGCGCGAUCCAGGAGGCGGAGUUUGAUCCGGAGAAGCGUCAGGCCAUGUUCAAAGAAAUGGCCGACAUUCUUCACCAGGGGGAGGGCCACUACGUGCCGCUCAUCUGGUUCCCCCUAUCUGGAGCCUUGAUUACCGGAUACAGAAUUUCCAUGUGA